AUGUUACAAAUUACAAACACAACAUUGCGUCCACUCACUUUUCCACACACAGAAACUUUACUGUCAGACAAUCCAACAGUUUCAUCAUUCGGAAUUACAACUUCAGUAAGUGAUAUUGUACCAAUUAAUUUGAAUUACACGACUUCUGCGUUCAAAUAUAGUUCUUCUAUGUUUUCAAUUAUUCCAUCGGCAAUUGGUCUGCCUCAAAAUACACAUAAAAAUAUGAAUGACACAAUACAAAGAAACACACAACAUGAAGAAAUUUGUCAUCAGAUUACAUCAACAAGAGAAAUUCAUCUCCAAAAUCAAGAACAUUUCUCAAAUGCAAUUUCUUCACAAACACAAAAUUUAUUAAAUGAUUCCUCAACAGUUGAACACCAAAAUGAAAUGGAGUCUGAAGAUUUAACAUGUGAAGUGUCAGAACUUGAAAACUUUGUUGAGGAACUGUUCAAUUUCAACGACGGUGUUUUUGCGUUAUACACUGUAACUCCAUUUAGUGAUUACGAUGACGAGGAAAUUUCGAGACAGUUAAUUCAUUUUUGUAAAGCUCCAAUUGGAAUCGAUUUAAUUAAAUUUAAAGGAGCUUGUGACAUACUGUUUUCAGAUUCAUCAAAGGACGAAAAAGUUACAACACAACAACAACGAAAAAAAGUUUUGACUCAUAAACGUAAAGUUGUUCAAAACAUCAUAAAUCAUUUGACAACCAAAUACAAAUUUUCUGAAACAUGUUGUUCAAUUUUGAAACAAUCGUUAGUGAUUUCUUCAUCUCAAUUGACUCCAGAAGCAGUUGAUAUAUAUAAAAAACUCGCAGUUAGUUUUAGAAGUGCGCGUCGUCGACUGAAGAGUGAAAACAGUAUCACAUCGACACAACUUAUUAACGAUGUUAGAAAUUGUGUAUGUUUUGCCAUAGCAACUGAUACGUAUAAAAAGGAUGGUAUAACAUUUGUCGCAAUUUUUAUUCGUGUGUGCAUGAAAUUUGAUUUUUAUGAGUGUCCCCUUUUGUUGUCAGAGUAUUACGGAGAAAGUGAUGGUGAAUCAAUGUGUGAAUGGAUAUUCAAUGCACUUGCUUUCGAUAUCAAUAAAGAAGUGUUAUUCCCAUUGCGCAAAUUUAUUGGCAGCACACAAGAUGGUGCAUCGGCAAAUAUGGGUUGUGAUAACGGCAUGAUUAAACAUAUGCAAAUGAAACUAGUUCCUAUAAAAAAUCCAGAAGGUAAUAUAAUCGAAAGAAAGUUUUAUGGAGUACACUGCCCCGCUCAUAGAUGCAACUUGUUUGCACAAGAUGUAGGAAUGGAAGCACCAUUUGAUAUAGUGACAACAUUUAUUAAAUGGUUGUGUAAUUCAACGAAGCUAAAAGAAUACUACACUUUUUGCAAUUCCAACAACAUAAAGAAAUGUAAAUUGUCCACUUACUCUGCAACAAGGUGGAAUUAUAUGGCAAAUUCUUCGUCUGCAAUUUUGAAAAGCGAAUCUUUAAU